GGACGGCGAUUGAUUGUUCGACAGGGUUGAAACUGCACUGCACCGCAGACCGUUGAAGAAAUCCAGCCAACUGGAAGAGACCCUCAUCUGCGGGAACUGCCCUCGCUGCCAGGACCAGCGACCAGGCUUUCACUGCCCAUGCAUCGAAAAGUCAUGUAUAAUACCCAAACCAGAUCGACAGUAGCUGGCGGUCCCGACUCUGAUGAUAUGCAUUGUCUGAAUUCGGAACCAGAUAUACCGGUACGCAGGAUACAUAACCCGAGAGAUCUUGGAGACCAGAAAAUCAUAGAAACGAGGGUCAUGUCUCAACCCGGGAAGGAAAAAGAAAAGAAACCACACGCGGGAGUCGAAACACCUGCCUUUAUAGCUGUAGCACUAAAAAAGCGAGUAUAUAAUUUGAGGCAAGAAGCUCUGAAGAAACGAUCGGGAGGAGAUUGCCUGGCUCAUCGGGCCGUGGGAUGUUGGGUCAGCUCGCAGCCUCACAUGCAGCAUUUUGGUCAAUGCCUUCUUAUUCGGGAAUCCUGCAGUGAAGAGAAAUGUCGCUGCAUGAUGCAGUGUUCUUCGGCUUCCUUGUCCCUUCGUUGGAACGACACGGGAAAAAUUGCUGUGCAGUCUCAUGAGAACCCGGCAUCUUGGGACGUAACACAUCAAAGCCCUCCCGCGACGCCACCCACACCGUAAGAUCAUAUUUCACGUUCCCGAGAGGCAAGGUUGGGAAAGUGAGCAUCGUUCUUUUGACCCGUCUAAAAAAGCUCCA